GAAGUUCAGUACUAUCGUUCCCAGCUUUUCGCUACGUCUACCAAAGCGACCUACAAAACCCACCGCAACACCUACUUUCGCUUCUCCAAUCACAUGGGCUACACACCUGUUCCUGUGCAAACACCACAUCUUCUUCAAUAUGCCGCCUUUUUGGCUCGUUCGCUAAAACCACAAUCUCUUCGUGGCUACCUAAACAUUAUUGGUAUUUUACAUAAGGAGUUUGGCUUCCCCAACCCUUUGAUCGACAACUAGCCUCUAAAAUCUUUGCUCACUGGAAUUAAGCGCGCCGUAGGUGCCCCGCCUAAUCAGAAACUACCUAUUACUGAGGCUAUACUUUUGCGUCUCCAUUCUACGUUAAAUUUUACCCUCAGCUUCGAUGCUUCAUUUUGGGCGAUCUGUUUAGUCGCAUUUUUUGGCAUGUUUCGUAAGGCGCACUUGUUACCUGUUUCCUCGGGCAAGUUUGAUUCUAGCAAGCAGCUUACCAAAGCCGACUUUCGGGUUUUUCCCUGGGGUACAGUCAUCACUAUUCGCUGGAGCAAAACUAUUCAAUUUCGGGAACGGGUGGUAGAAAUACCCUUACCAUGUAUUCCCCGCAGCAGGUUAUGCCCGACCACCGCCAUUAUUCAUGCCUUUAGCUUCACCCCUUCUACCCCAGACAGCCAAGCCUUCAACUGGGUCCCAACCCCAUCAUCCGACCCACAGAUUUUUACCUAUGCAUUAUUUCUACGUAAGCUAAGGGACCACCUUUCCCUUAUUGGUGUCGAUCCUAAGUUAUAUGCGGGUCACUCUUUUCGUCGCGGGGGGGCGUCUUUUGCUUAUCAGUCUGGCGUUCCGAUAGAACUUAUUAAAGCUUUAGGCGAC